UCGUAGAUCGAUGGAAUUGCCAUUAUGUUACUGCACGCUGGAUCCGAUGGUUUCAAGUGAUGAGGACAAAAUUAUAAUUAUAGACAUUGAUUGGACAGGACAAGGAGAUGCUGUACGUCGGUCAGAUGGGGUACAGAAUUAUGGAGUAUAA